AGGGAGGGAGGAGCGGGGACGCGUGCCUUUGCAGUGGGCUCUGCCAAGCGGACUUGCGGGGGAAGCGAGCGGCGAGAGGAGCCCGAGGCGAAAAAGUAGCUGUCAAAUGCGCGGCUCCUUUAAGCGGAGCCCUCAGUCCGGCUCGGAGAGUCAUGGCGACCACAGCGUCUAACCACUACAGCCUGCUCACCUCCAGCUCGCCCAUGGUGCACGCCGAGCCGCCGGGGAGCAUGCAGCCGGGCGCCGGCUACAGGGACGCCCAGGCGCUGGUGCAGGCGGACUACGCGCUGCAGAGCAACGGGCACCCGCUCAGCCACGCUCACCAGUGGAUCACGGCGCUGUCCCACGGCGGCGGCGGAGGGGGAGGCGGCGGAGGAGGCGGCGGCGGCGGCGGAGGGGACUCGCCCUGGUCCACCAGCCCGCUGGGCCAGCAGGACAUCAAGCCCUCGGUGGUGCAGGCCAGCGGCCGGGGGGACGAGCUGCAGCAGCAGCAUCACCAGCAGCAGCAGCAGCAGCAGCAGCAGCAAGGCAGACCGCCGCACCUGGUGCACCACGCCGGGAGCCACCACGCCGCCGUGGCCGCGGCCGUGGCGUGGAGGACUGGCGGCGCGGCUCACCUGCCGCCCGGCAUGGCCGCGUCCAACGGCGGCGGCCAGGGCGGGCUCCUGUACUCGCAGCCGCCGGGCUUCACGGUCAACGGCAUGCUGGGCUCCGGGCAGCCGGGCAUACACCACCACGGCCUGCGGGACGCCCACGAGGAGCCGCCGCAGCAGCAGCAGCCCCCUCACCACCCCGACCACCUCCCCCAGCAGCAGCCGCAGCAGCAGCACCCGCACGGGCAGCAGCAGCAGCAGCAGCACCACCACCCGCACCACCACCACGAGGCGCACUCGGACGAGGACACGCCGACCUCGGACGACCUGGAGCAGUUCGCCAAGCAGUUCAAGCAGCGGCGGAUCAAACUGGGAUUUACCCAAGCGGACGUGGGCUUGGCCUUGGGCACGCUCUACGGCAACGUCUUCUCGCAGACGACGAUCUGCAGGUUCGAGGCCCUGCAGCUGAGCUUCAAGAACAUGUGCAAGUUGAAGCCUUUGUUGAACAAGUGGCUGGAGGAGGCGGACUCGUCGUCGGGCAGCCCCACCAGCAUAGACAAGAUCGCGGCGCAGGGGCGCAAGCGGAAAAAGCGCACCUCCAUCGAGGUGAGCGUCAAGGGCGCCCUCGAGAGCCAUUUCCUCAAGUGCCCCAAGCCUUCCGCCCAGGAGAUCACCUCGCUGGCGGACAGCCUCCAGCUCGAGAAAGAGGUGGUCCGCGUGUGGUUUUGUAACAGGAGACAGAAAGAGAAACGCAUGACUCCCCCGGGAGGGACUCUGCCGGGAGCCGAGGACGUGUAUGGGGCCAGCAGGGACACGCCGCCGCCACACCACGGGGAAGAAGACUGGGGAGAUGCUCUUCCCCUCCCUUCCAACCACCCCCUGACAACGUUGCUUCAAAGCUGCCUUUAAUUACGGAACAACUUGCUUGAUAGUCGGAUAGAAGAAUGCGGCCUUCCCUUCACAAGGCAUCCAAAUUCCACAUGCUCCCCUAUCUAUUCAACUAGCCCUAAUGGGCUUUAGCUUUCUCAUAAUAUUAUUAUUAUUAUUAUCUCUGGGGUGGUUCUGGAUUAUGUGGGGUUUUUGCUCACCACAUCAUGUCUUUAUCUCUCUCUCUCUCUCUCUUUCAUUGUUGUUACUGCUGGUAGUGGUGGUGUACAGUUUUCUCCAUGGAGUGAAUCAUUCCUGUUUAAGACACAGUAGGGGGAAAUGCUGCUAAUAAGCAGGAUCGCUAUCAUUUCUGGCUCCACUUUCCUAAAACUCUUAUAACAAGAACUUGGCAGGAAUGCACUUUCAGCUAAGAACUAUUAAACAGUUAAGCAGCCAACACCUAACGAAAUCUUCCACAAAGAAGACAAACUACCAGCAGACAUCUAAACAAUUUUUAAUACUUUAAAAUACAUUUCCUUGAACAAUCGCAAGUUGGUGACACCUAGAAAACACACGGGCUCCUUCAAAUACCUCCCCCCGCCCCGAAGAACCCAAUUGAAUUAUGUGGAGCCGCCCUAAAGUAAUUGCUCAAAGGGCUAUGACCCAUUCAAUUCUCAAAGUGUUUCCUAUGUUCACUGAGCUUAUGUGUACAAAUCACCUUCUCUUUUCUUUUUUUGCCUGGUUGCUGCAGAAAGAGGCAAGGGCACAUCUGCCACCAUGUAGCUGCAAGCCUGUUUCUAAAGCAGUGUCAGUAGGCAAAGGUGAUUCGCUAGAGGCUAACUGUGGCCGGCCUCUGAAGUUGGGGACAACUUUUUCGAGAUAAUAAAUUUCCAUGGAAAUGUAUGGUGUGCUCUGAAACUGCUCUGGAUUAACCAGUAUAAGUGUUCAAGGUGAUGCCAUCUGUCCUGAAGGAGGCAUCGGAAAAUGUGAAAUGUAUAAUGGCCAAAAAGAUGCCGACUCUUCUUCUUCUUUUUAAUGGGACCCUCUUGAACUUCAGAAAUUUGUCCAAUAAAAAGAUAUCACCUUUC